GACGACAGGCCAAUCGGAGCCCGGAGCGGGCCGAGCCGCCGCAGUGCGCGCGCAGCCGGCCUGCGUGCGGGGGGACCAUGGAGUCCGGGCCGGGCCCUGUCAGUUCCCGCGGUCAUCUCCAGGCCCGGCCGCCACCUCCCGAGACACUGCCGCGGGCAAGCUGGGACGAGGACGCGUACGACUGCCCUGACUACUACUACCUGCGCGACUUACCGGCCUCGGGGGCCGGGCGCAGCAAGGGUCGGACCCGGCGGGAGCAGGUGCUGCGCACCAACCGGACGGUGCCCGGCGGCCACGAGCGCAAAAUCGCGCAGAAGCUACUCGCGGGACUGCGCAAGCGCCGCCAGCGCCAGCUGCAGCCGCGACCGCGCACGCGCCUUGCGUGAGCGCCGCCGCCCCCAGAGUGGAGGGCUCAGCUCGCUCAGCUUGGCAGUUGGCUGCAAGGAUACCCAAAGGACCCGUUAAAAGUAUUUUCGCUGACUCCAGCUGUAACUGCGCUCCUCCAUGUUGGUCAACAGAACUACUCCACAUCGCCUAAAUUUACUGCUUCAGUCUUUGCUUUACAACUGUUAGUUAAGUAACGUCCAGUGGGUAUGCCUUCUUAAGGUUUUAAUUAAAAGAAGACAGCACCAAUGGCA